ACUAAGGUCAGGAAAUAAGUACUGGUCGUGUCCUACAAGUGAAAAAAAAAUGAUGCUCAUUGGACUUUGUAUACAGAGCUCCCUCCACUUCCCUAGUGGGCAGUGCUUAUAAUUUGUUAAUUUACGUCGAGACACACAUGGUUUGGUAGUGGUUUUACAAAAGAAAAAGAGCUGGAUUCUACGCUCUCAAUGCCUUUAGGGAGAAGUGGGCACUGAGAGGGCUGGGGUGCAGUAAUUACCCUUCCAAUUCCAUUUUGAUUUAUCUGCUCCCUUUUUCCUUGCCUUCCCUCUAUUGUUGCACUGCCUCUAGUUUGCAGUGCUUGUUGAUUUUAAAAAUAAAAUAGCUGUGUUCUCCGAAUUCUUAUUGUGCAAUGGUAGGGCCAGAAGGUCUGGGUUUGAGUCCCAACUACCAUAGAGGAAUACAGUGCAUCGUGUUUGUUUCUGAAUCUGAUAAUUGAUGACCACUCCUCAAAUUUCUGGCUCAAUUGGAUCUAUUUCAGUGGCAACAAGAAGGCUAAUAACCUCUUUUUCAGGAAUCAGCUAACCAGUUCCCUUAUCUCAGGAGAAUUUCUACUCACUGAUGCAAAACAGAAAUACAACAAUAAACUGAAAGAACUGCAAUAAACGCUGCAAAGAGACGUUUGCUAAGUUUAAAAAUUCACACAUGAAAACCAUAAACCUCAACAAUGUUUUUAAAAUAUGCAGCAAGAAAUAAGUAAACACACUUCAUCUCCACAGAUGUUGUUUGACAUGCUUUAUGGGAGAUUCCUGCCUUUUUUGCGCUUUGAAAGAGGUUUCCAAAUAAUUGCAUAGUCAAUAUUGAACAGCACAGCUACUUCAAGAUUAGUAUUUUUCUGGCAAUCUGAUGUCAGAAAUGAUUAUUCAGUAGGAAAUGGCGUGUAAAAGAAACCUCUAUUUUUGGUCUGAACAUUUGUCUUUACUUUUGUUUCUAUCUAGCCUUCACUGGCUUGACCCAGUUAUCGGGAAGCCAAAGGCAACUUCGCGUCCCCACGUAAAUUCCAUAAGAAUUGAUGGGGAUAUUGCUCUGGGAGGACUUUUUCCCGUGCAUUCUCGGGGUGGAUCUGGUGCUAACUGUGGAGAACUGAAAAAAGAGAAGGGAAUACACAGGUUGGAAGCAAUGCUAUUUGCCUUAGAUAGGAUCAACAAUGAUCAAGAACUACUUCCCAAUAUCACGCUGGGAGCUCGAAUCCUAGACACCUGCUCCAGAGACACCCAUGCCUUGGAGCAAUCAUUGACAUUCGUGCAAGCUUUGAUCGAGAAAGACAGCACCGAUGUAAAGUGCAUGAGUGGAGGACCACCGAUCAUUACCAAGCCAGAACGAGUGGUCGCAGUUAUUGGUGCUUCAGCAAGUUCCGUAUCCAUAAUGGUUGCCAACAUUUUACGCCUCUUUAAGAUUCCUCAGAUAAGCUAUGCAUCUACAGCCCCAGAGCUGAGUGAUAACAGCAGGUAUGACUUUUUCUCUCGUGUGGUCCCAUCUGACACCUUUCAAACACAGGCCAUGGUUGACAUCGUCAAAGCAUUACGAUGGAACUAUGUCUCUACCCUUGCAUCUGAGGGAAGCUAUGGAGAAAGUGGAGUGGAAGCCUUCAUACAGAAAUCUCGAGAAGACGGGGGAGUCUGUGUGGCCCAGUCAUUGAAGAUUCCACGAGAUCCCAAACGAGCAGAGUUUGACAAAAUUAUUAAGCGUCUAUUGGAAACCCCCAACGCACGUGGAGUCAUUAUAUUUGCGAAUGAAGAUGACAUUAGGCAUGUGUUGGAAGCAACAAAAAGGGCCAAUCAGACCGGCCACUUCUUGUGGGUUGGAUCUGACAGCUGGGGAUCCAAAGUGGCGCCAGUACUACAGCAGGAGGAUGUAGCUGUAGGAGCUGUCACUAUCCUUCCAAGGAGAGUUUCAGUCCAAGGAUUUGAUAGGUAUUUCAAGAGUCGGACCCUGGAGAAUAACAGAAGAAACAUUUGGUUUGCAGAGUUUUGGGAAGCAAAUUUCAAGUGCAAGCUGAGCCGACACGGAUUUAAACGAGGAAGUCAUGUUAAAAAAUGUACAGGCUUGGAGAGAAUUGGGCGAAAUAAUUCUUAUGAACAAGAAGGAAAAGUACUGUUUGUUAUUGAUGCAGUUUAUGCCAUGGCACAUGCUCUGCACAACAUGCACAAAGACCUCUGUCGAGGACAUGUUGGGCUUUGUUCCAAAAUGAACCCUAUAGAUGGCAAGGUCCUCCUUGAAUAUAUCCGUAAAGUCAACUUCUCCGGAAGUGCUGGGAUCCCUGUGACCUUCAAUGAAAAUGGUGAUGCUCCUGGACAUUAUGACAUUUAUCAGUACCAAGUUAAGGACAAUGCUACGCGUGCAUAUUCAGUCAUUGGAGAGUGGGCAAACAAACUUCAUUUAAAUAUCCACACAAUGCAAUGGCCAUCAGGAUCUCGUCAGGUUCCAGCAUCAAUUUGCAGCCUUCCAUGCAAACCAGGGGAAAGAAAAAAAAUUGUAAAGGGCAUUCCUUGUUGUUGGCAUUGUGAACUUUGUGAUGGUUACCAAUACCAGGUGGAUAAGUACAACUGCAAGAUCUGCCACUUUGACAUGCGUCCCAAUGAAAACCACACAGGAUGUCGCCCAAUUCCCAUCGUCAAAUUGGAGUGGUAUUCCCCUUGGGCUGUUGCACCUGUAUUCUUUGCAAUUAUUGGUAUCAUUGCUACACUAUUUGUUGUCAUAACGUUUAUACGUUACAAUGACACACCAAUAGUAAAAGCAUCUGGACGAGAAUUAAGUUAUGUGCUUCUCACAGGAAUUUUCCUCUGUUAUGCUAUUACCUUCCUUAUGAUAGCAGAGCCCGAUGUUGCCAUCUGCUCCAUGCGACGGAUCUUUCUUGGAUUGGGUAUGAGUAUCAGCUACGCGGCCUUACUCACUAAGACGAACAGGAUUUAUCGGAUAUUCGAGCAAGGCAAGAAAUCAGUCAGUGCCCCCAGGUUUAUCAGUCCAGCCUCUCAGCUCAUGAUAACUUUCAGUUUUAUUUCUGUGCAACUGCUGGGUGUCUGUAUCUGGUUUAUUGCUGACCCACCACACUCCUACAUAGACUAUGAUGACCAAAAGACUGCCAAUCCUCAGUUUGCUCGUGGAAUUCUCAAAUGUGAUAUUUCUGAUCUGUCUCUCAUCUGUUUGCUUGGAUACAGCAUGCUCCUCAUGGUCACAUGCACCGUGUAUGCCAUCAAAACCAGAGGGGUUCCAGAGACCUUCAAUGAGGCCAAACCUAUUGGAUUUACCAUGUACACCACCUGCAUUGUCUGGUUAGCCUUCAUUCCAAUAUUUUUCGGUACUGCACAGUCAGCAGAAAAAAUGUAUAUUCAAACCACUACUCUGACUAUUUCCAUAAAUCUGAGUGCUUCUGUGUCGCUUGGCAUGCUGUAUAUGCCCAAGGUUUAUGUCAUCCUGUUCCACCCAGAACAGAAUGUGCAGAGACGCAAGCGCAGCCUAAAAGCUGUAGUGACAGCGGCCACAAUGUCCAACAAGUUUACCCAGAAAGGAAAUCUCCGUCCCAAUGGAGAAGCCAAAACUGAACUAUGUGAAAGUCUUGAAACCCAAGUGGAGUGA